UGUUCUUUCACUAUAAAUAUUUGCCAGUUUAGCACUACAAAUAUUUCAAAGAUUGCACCUUUUUGAAAAUUUGUUUUCUGGGUCGUGUCUAUUCUAUUCCAAAGCAAUGCAAAAAUGUCUUCUCUUUCACAUCUUUCAAUCCCAUAAAUGUAACACACAGCGGAAAAUUCAAAGAAUCUAGUUUAAUCCACACCAUUUUUAUGAACUGAAGGUCUUAUUCUUUUUCUUGCUUUUUAAUCUUAGCCGAUGUUUGCAGCUUGAUUAUCUCCUGACGUUUGAUUGAUUGAUUUCAUCUGGGUAUUUUGCACUCUGCGAAAUGAACCUCCUUUUUCCCAUCCACGAUUAAUUCUUUUGGUUACUGCAUUUGGGUUUUCAGUCUCUACUUCUGUUCAAAUUGAGUCAUCGUGUUUGGAAUUAUUGUAAUUAUCAUCACAUGUCUUGGUGGAAGCUGCCCCUUCUAAUUUUGGGGAUUAGGGUUUUGGAUAAUUUCUCUUAAUUUGUAAUUUGUGGUGAUGGAGGAGGUUGAAAAGGCAAAUAUUGCAGCUGUAGAUAGCUGCCAUAGAGUGCUUAGCAUCUUAAACCAAGCUCAAGAUCAAAAUUUGAGUAGAAAUUUAGUGCAACAAACAGGGGAGGCUGUGCAGGGUUUCAAGAAAGUAGUCUCUCUCCUCAACUCAAGCUGUGGGCAUGCUAGAGUGAGAAAGAGCAAGAAAUCCCAACCUCCAAACAUAUUUCUUGAAACCGCCAUUCUCCAAAACAAUGAUUAUCAGCAACAACCAAAGCCCCUUCAUCUGCUUCAGCAAGAAUCUGUAUCCAAUACCAAUAAUUAUCUCACAUUGGGAAACCCUUGCUUGGAAUUGAGCUCCCAUGGCAAGAAUCUCUGCCUCUCGCAGCAAAAACUUCCGCCCAAUUACCAUUUCUUGCAGCAGCAGAAGUUGAAGCAGCAGGCUGAGCUUAUGUAUAGGUGUAGCAAUAGUGGCAUCAGCCUUAACUUCGAUAGCUCCUCUUGCACCCCUACAAUGUCCUCGACUAGGUCAUUCAUCUCCUCGUUGAGUGUGGAUGGGAGCAUUGCUAAUGUGGAUGGGAGCGCCUUCCGUUUGAUUGGUGCAGCGCGGUCUGCUGAUCAGGCAUCGCUUCAUCAUAAGAGGAGGUGUUCCGGGAGGGGAGAGGAUGGAAGUGUCAAAUGUGGAGGAAGUGGUAGUAGAUGCCAUUGCUCUAAGAAGAGGAAGCAUAGAGUGAAAAGGUCUAUCAAAGUUCCUGCAAUCAGUAACAAGAUAGCUGAUAUUCCACCUGAUGAGUACUCAUGGAGGAAGUAUGGCCAGAAACCGAUCAAAGGCUCCCCUCACCCUCGGGGAUACUACAAAUGCAGUACCGUGAGAGGGUGCCCGGCUAGGAAACAUGUGGAGCGAUGCUUACAAGAUCCUGCGAUGCUUAUAGUCACUUAUGAAGGCGAACACUACCACCCGAGACUGCCUUCACAGUCGGCCAAUGCAUGAUUUGCAUGGAUAUUAGGUCCAAAUUCAUCUUCUUGAUUAGACUAGAUUGGUUCUGUACAUAAGCUGCUUGAGCUGAGGCGGGCCGAGGUGGGAGUCGUCGUUUUGAUGGUCUGUUUUCUUCAUGGCGUCUAGCUAGGUCUAGACAUUGGUAAGACAUGAACUCAAUCAAGAUUUGGUUGCGACUUGUGAGAAAAACUAAAUUCCGAUCAAUUUGAACCGACUAUUUUCUCUUU